AUGGCAGCGCGGCUGCUCGCACCGCCAGGCCCCGACAGCUUCAAGCCGUUCACCCCCGAGUCGCUGGCCAACAUCGAGAGGCGCAUCGCCGAGAGCAAGCUCAAGAAGCCCCCGAAGGCCGAGGGCAGCCACCGGGAGGACGAUGAGGACAGCAAGCCGAAGCCCAACAGUGACCUGGAGGCAGGGAAGAGCCUGCCCUUCAUCUACGGGGACAUCCCCCAAGGCCUGGUGGCCGUUCCCCUGGAGGACUUUGACCCCUACUAUUUGACACAGAAAACCUUUGUAGUAUUAAACAGAGGGAAAACUCUCUUCAGAUUUAGUGCUACGCCUGCCUUGUACAUUUUAAGUCCUUUUAACCUGAUAAGAAGAAUAGCUAUUAAAAUUUUGAUACAUUCAGUGUUUAGCAUGAUCAUCAUGUGCACUAUCCUGACCAACUGUGUAUUCAUGACUUUCAGUAACCCUCCCGACUGGUCGAAGAAUGUGGAGUACACAUUCACAGGGAUUUAUACGUUCGAAUCACUAGUGAAAAUCAUUGCCAGGGGCUUCUGCAUAGACGGCUUCACCUUCUUGCGGGAUCCGUGGAACUGGUUAGAUUUCAGCGUCAUCAUGAUGGCAUAUGUGACAGAGUUCGUGGACCUGGGCAAUGUCUCAGCGCUGAGAACAUUCAGGGUUCUCCGAGCUUUGAAAACUAUCUCUGUAAUUCCAGGCCUCAAGACCAUCGUGGGCGCCCUGAUCCAGUCGGUGAAGAAGCUGUCGGACGUGAUGAUCCUGACUGUGUUCUGCCUGAGCGUGUUCGCCUUGAUUGGCCUACAGCUGUUCAUGGGGAACCUGCGGAACAAGUGUGUCGUGUGGCCUAUCAACUUCAACGAGAGCUACCUGGAAAAUGGCACCAAAGGCUUUGACUGGGAGGAGUACAUCAACAACAAAACAAAUUUUUACAUAGUUCCUGGCAUGCUGGAACCCUUACUGUGCGGGAACAGCUCCGACGCUGGGCAAUGCCCGGAGGGCUACCAGUGCAUGAAGGCGGGCAGGAACCCCAACUACGGGUACACGAGCUUCGACACCUUCAGCUGGGCCUUCCUGGCGCUGUUUCGCCUAAUGACCCAGGACUAUUGGGAAAACUUGUAUCAGCUGACUCUGCGAGCAGCCGGCAAAACAUACAUGAUUUUCUUCGUCCUGGUCAUCUUUGUGGGAUCCUUCUACCUGGUGAACUUGAUCUUGGCUGUGGUGGCCAUGGCUUACGAGGAGCAGAACCAGGCCACGCUGGAGGAGGCUGAGCAGAAAGAGGCGGAAUUCAAGGCCAUGUUGGAGCAGCUGAAGAAGCAGCAGGAAGAGGCACAGGCUGCCGCCAUGGCCACCUCGGCAGGGACCGUGUCAGAGGAUGCCAUCGAGGAAGAAGGGGAGGAGGGGGUCGGCUCCCCGCGGAGCUCGUCCGAGAUUUCCAAGCUGAGUUCCAAGAGCGCCAAGGAGCGGCGGAACCGGAGGAAGAAGAGGAAGCAGAAGGAGCUAUCGGAGGGCGAGGAGAAGGGGGACCCCGAGAAGGUGUUCAAGUCCGAGUCGGAGGACGGGCUGCGGAGGAAGGGCUUCCGGCUGCCGGACAACAGGAUUGGGAGGAAAUUCUCCAUCAUGAACCAGUCGCUGCUCAGCAUCCCCGGCUCGCCCUUCCUCUCCCGCCACAACAGCAAGAGCAGCAUCUUCAGCUUCCGCGGGCCCGGGCGCUUCCGAGACCCGGGCUCGGAGAACGAGUUCGCGGACGACGAGCACAGCACGGUGGAGGAGAGCGAGGGCCGGCGCGACUCGCUCUUCAUCCCGAUCCGGGCGCGCGAGCGCCGCAGCAGCUACAGCGGCUACAGCGGCUACAGCCAGGGCAGCCGCUCGUCGCGCAUCUUCCCCAGCCUGCGGCGCAGCGUCAAGCGCAACAGCACGGUGGACUGCAACGGCGUGGUGUCCCUCAUCGGCGGCCCCGGCUCCCACAUCGGCGGCCGGCUCCUGCCAGAGGUGAAAAUAGAUAAGGCAGCUACCGACCACAGUGGAGCUACAACUGAGGUGGAAAUUAAGAAGAAAGGCCCUGGGUCUCUUUUAGUCUCCAUGGACCAAUUGGCUUCCUAUGGAAGGAAAGACAGAAUUAACAGUAUAAUGAGUGUUGUUACAAAUACUCUGGUAGAAGAGCUGGAAGAGUCCCAGAGAAAGUGCCCGCCAUGCUGGUACAAAUUUGCCAACACGUUCCUCAUCUGGGAGUGCCACCCAUACUGGAUAAAACUAAAAGAGAUCGUGAACUUGAUAGUCAUGGACCCUUUCGUGGACUUAGCCAUCACCAUUUGCAUUGUGCUGAACACACUGUUCAUGGCCAUGGAGCACCACCCUAUGACACCGCAGUUUGAACACGUCUUGACUGUAGGGAAUCUGGUUUUCACUGGAAUUUUCACAGCGGAAAUGUUCCUGAAGCUCAUAGCCAUGGACCCCUACUAUUAUUUCCAAGAAGGUUGGAACAUUUUUGACGGAUUUAUUGUGUCCCUCAGUUUAAUGGAACUGGGUCUAGCGGACGUGGAGGGGCUUUCGGUGCUGCGAUCUUUCCGAUUGCUUCGAGUCUUCAAGUUGGCCAAGUCCUGGCCCACGCUGAACAUGUUGAUCAAGAUUAUUGGGAAUUCCGUGGGCGCCCUGGGCAACCUGACCCUGGUGCUGGCCAUCAUAGUCUUCAUCUUUGCUGUGGUCGGGAUGCAGCUCUUCGGGAAGAGCUACAAGGAGUGCGUGUGCAAGAUCAACCAGGACUGCGAGCUGCCCCGCUGGCACAUGCAUGAUUUCUUCCACUCCUUCCUCAUCGUCUUCCGGGUGCUGUGCGGGGAGUGGAUCGAGACCAUGUGGGACUGCAUGGAGGUGGCCGGCCAGGCCAUGUGUCUCAUCGUCUUCAUGAUGGUCAUGGUGAUUGGCAACUUGGUGGUGCUGAACCUCUUCCUGGCCCUGCUGCUGAGCUCCUUCAGCGCGGACAACCUGGCGGCCACGGACGAUGACGGGGAGAUGAACAACCUCCAGAUCUCCGUGAUCCGCAUCAAGAAGGGCGUGGCCUGGGUCAAGGCCAAAGUGCGCGCCUUCAUGCAGGCGCACCUGAAGCAGCGGGAGGCAGAUGAAGUGAAGCCGCUGGACGAGCUGUACGAGAAGAAGGCCAACUGCAUCGCCAACCAUACUGGCGCCGACAUCCACCGCAACGGCGACUUCCAGAGGAAUGGCAAUGGCACGACCAGCGGCAUCGGCAGCAGCGUGGAGAAGUACAUCAUCGACGAGGACCACAUGUCCUUCAUCAACAACCCCAACCUCACCGUGCGCGUGCCCAUCGCCGUGGGUGAGUCCGACUUCGAGAACCUCAACACCGAGGAUGUGAGCAGCGAAUCGGACCCGGAAGGCAGCAAAGACAAACUUGAUGACACCAGCUCCUCUGAAGGCAGCACCAUUGACAUCAAACCGGAGGUGGAGGAGGUGCCCGUGGAGCAGCCCGAGGAGUACUUGGACCCGGACGCAUGCUUCACCGAAGGCUGUGUGCAGCGGUUCAAGUGUUGUCAGGUGAACAUUGAGGAAGGGCUAGGCAAGUCUUGGUGGAUCUUGCGGAAAACCUGCUUCCUGAUCGUGGAGCACAAUUGGUUUGAGACAUUCAUCAUCUUCAUGAUCCUGCUCAGCAGUGGUGCCCUGGCCUUUGAGGACAUCUACAUUGAGCAGAGGCGGACCAUCCGCACCAUCCUGGAGUACGCCGACAAGGUCUUCACCUACAUCUUCAUCCUGGAGAUGCUGCUCAAGUGGACGGCCUACGGCUUCGUCAAGUUCUUCACCAACGCCUGGUGCUGGCUGGACUUCCUCAUCGUGGCCGUCUCUCUAGUCAGCCUUAUAGCUAAUGCCCUGGGCUACUCGGAACUAGGUGCCAUUAAAUCCCUUAGGACCCUAAGAGCUUUGAGACCCUUAAGAGCCUUAUCACGAUUUGAAGGCAUGAGGGUGGUGGUAAAUGCCUUGGUGGGCGCCAUCCCUUCCAUCAUGAAUGUGCUGCUGGUGUGUCUCAUCUUCUGGCUGAUUUUCAGCAUCAUGGGUGUUAACCUGUUCGCGGGAAAGUACCACUACUGCUUUAACGAGACCUCCGAGGUCCGGUUCAAGAUCGAAAUUGUCAACAAUAAAACCGACUGUGAGAAGCUCAUGGAAGGGAACAAUACCGAGAUCCGAUGGAAGAAUGUGAAAAUCAACUUUGACAACGUCGGGGCGGGGUACCUGGCUCUUCUUCAAGUGGCAACCUUCAAAGGCUGGAUGGACAUCAUGUAUGCAGCCGUGGACUCCCGGAAGCCUGACGAGCAGCCGGAAUACGAGGACAACAUCUACAUGUACAUCUACUUCGUCAUCUUCAUCAUCUUCGGCUCCUUCUUCACCCUGAACCUGUUCAUUGGGGUCAUCAUUGAUAACUUCAAUCAACAAAAGAAAAAGUUCGGAGGUCAGGACAUCUUCAUGACGGAGGAGCAGAAGAAGUACUACAAUGCCAUGAAGAAGCUGGGCUCCAAGAAGCCCCAGAAACCCAUCCCCCGCCCCCUGAACAAGAUCCAGGGCAUCGUCUUCGACUUCGUCACGCAGCAAGCCUUCGACAUUGUCAUCAUGAUGCUCAUCUGCUUGAACAUGGUGACGAUGAUGGUGGAGACGGACACGCAGAGCAAGCAGAUGGAGAACAUCCUCUACUGGAUCAACCUGGUCUUCGUCAUCUUCUUCACCUGCGAGUGUGUGCUCAAGAUGUUUGCCCUGCGCCACUACUACUUCACCAUCGGCUGGAACAUCUUUGACUUCGUGGUGGUCAUCCUGUCCAUCGUGGGCAUGUUCCUGGCUGAUAUAAUCGAAAAGUACUUUGUCUCCCCGACCCUCUUCCGAGUCAUCCGAUUGGCCCGAAUCGGGCGCAUCCUGCGUCUGAUCAAAGGCGCCAAGGGGAUCCGCACCCUGCUCUUUGCCUUAAUGAUGUCCCUGCCUGCCCUGUUCAACAUCGGCCUGCUGCUCUUCCUGGUCAUGUUCAUCUUCUCCAUCUUCGGGAUGUCCAACUUCGCCUACGUGAAGCACGAGGCCGGCAUCGACGACAUGUUCAACUUCGAGACGUUCGGCAACAGCAUGAUCUGCCUGUUCCAGAUCACCACCUCGGCUGGCUGGGAUGGGCUGCUGCUGCCCAUCCUCAACCGUCCCCCGGACUGCAGCUUGGAGAAGGAGCACCCGGGCAGCGGUUUCAAGGGUGACUGUGGGAACCCCUCGGUGGGCAUCUUCUUCUUCGUGAGCUACAUCAUCAUCUCCUUCCUCAUCGUGGUCAACAUGUACAUCGCCAUCAUCCUGGAGAACUUCAGCGUGGCCACGGAGGAGAGCGCAGACCCCCUGAGCGAGGACGACUUCGAGACCUUCUACGAGAUCUGGGAGAAGUUCGACCCCGACGCCACGCAGUUCAUCGAGUACUGUAAGCUGGCCGACUUCGCGGAUGCGCUGGAGCACCCGCUGCGCGUGCCCAAGCCUAACACCAUUGAGCUCAUCGCCAUGGACCUGCCCAUGGUGAGCGGGGACCGCAUCCACUGCCUGGACAUCCUGUUUGCCUUCACCAAGCGGGUCCUGGGAGACAGCGGGGAGCUGGACAUCUUGCGGCAGCAGAUGGAGGAGCGCUUUGUGGCGUCCAAUCCUUCCAAAGUGUCUUACGAGCCCAUCACGACCACGCUGAGGCGCAAGCAGGAGGAGGUGUCCGCAGUGGUCCUGCAGCGUGCCUACCGGGGACACCUGGCGAGGCGGGGCUUCGUCUGCAAAAAGACAGCUUCCAAUAAGCUGGGGAAUGGAGGCGCGCACAGGGAGAAGAAGGAGAGCACCCCUUCCACAGCCUCCCUCCCGUCCUACGACAGCGUGACCAAGCCCGAGAAGGAGAAGCAGCAGCGGGCAGAGGAAGGGCGGAGGGAAAGGGCCAAGAGACAGAAGCAGGUCCGAGAGUCCAAGUGCUAGAGGCGAGCGGAACCCGGCCGCCGCUCGGAGCUCAGACUCGCGCGGGCCAACGGUUUGACGAUUGUUUACAAACUUCCUGCAUCUUAUCCAUUCAGAACAGCUGUGGGGACACGAACCCGAAGACCUAUGCGAAGCGUACGCUGCUUUCCAUGUCACACGGUUGCAUCUUGAGCAGUGACCUGCCAAGGGCACAGGACCCCGCUCCCUGGACUCACAGAUUUUUUUCUACUGCUUGGGCAGGUGGUUACUGCAUGUUCCACAUCAGUCAAUGCAACUUAGGACAAAACCAACAGGAUACAAAC